AGAGAGACGAUAGUGGCAGUGUAAUGACAAAGAAGUCAACGAGGAAGCGAAAAAUGGGAGACACAGAGGAGACGGCUCCGAAGAAACCCGCGGCAAAAUGGCCUCUCAUCAAACCCAAAAAGAAUCUUCAGAUUAGCCACCUCCUAGAUUUCGAUCUCUUCUCGGUCCAGAAUUUAUUCUCCUCUGCUGAAUCAAAGGCAUUCGUUAAAAUUGCUGAAGAAAUUGGUUUUGCUCAUCAAGGGAGUCGAGGUGGCGAAGCAUACAGAGAUAAUGAUCGAAUUUCGGUGGAUGAUCCUGUCCUUGCAGAUACUAUUUGGGAGUCUGGACUUGGCAAACUUUUUUCUGAUAUUAAAAUUCGAGGAAAGGUUGCUGUAGGUCUCAAUCCAAAUGUUAGAUUCUAUAGGUUCGUUUCUUUAUACACAAGGUUCACGUGAAUGAGAUCAAACUGUUUAGAUUCGUAAC